CGCGUGUCUGCCGUAUUCCGUCCAAGGUGUCGCAAAUUCUAAACAACUCAAACAAGAAGUUUAUUUUAAGAAUGUAGCUUUAUUUAUUAUUAAAAAUUUGUUCAAAGUCAGUUUGUUUUAUCCAAUUAUGGAAGUCACCGCAGCCAGAUCGACGUUUUUUGGCGACAUAGGUCAUUGGGCUGACCGCACUCCUGUGCAUGAAGCUGCGUCUUUGGGUCGAGCUCUGCAGUUAAGAGAGCUGAUAGAUGCAGGUGCAUCAGUUAAUAUAGUGACUGUCGACAACUUUACACCUCUACAUGAUGCCUGCAUCCAGGGACACCCUAACUGUGUUAAAAUACUGCUGGAGGCUGGAGCUCAGGUGGAUGUACGCACCAUUCAUGGCAGUACUCCUCUCUGUCACGCUUGUGCUGCUGGCAGCCUAGAAAGUGUCAAGCUGCUGGUGGAUCAUGGAGCAUCGAUCAACCCGUCCCUGACGGCCCUCACCGCCUCACCCCUUCAUGAGGCCUGCAUACGGGGAAACCCAGACUGUGUGAAACUUAUGAUAGCUGAAGGAGCAUUGCUGGAGGCCUUUGACAUUUAUUUUGGGACCCCAUUACAUGCUGCCUGUGCCAAAGGUCACUUUGACUGCGCCCUACUGCUGCUCAAUGCAGGUGCAAACGUGAAUGCUACGAAGUUUCAUGAGACGGCGAUGCAUCAUGCAGCGAGAGAAGAGAGGGUGGACUUGGUGGAGCUGCUGGUGGAGUUCGGUGGAGAUGUCAAUAUAUCUGAUAACAUGGGUCACAAGCCUAGAGACUACACCAAACUUGGUUCUCCUGCCAAUUGCAGUCUUUUGCACUAUGAGAGUAACCCUUUGUCUCUUCAGCAGCUGUGCCGUAUUGUCCUGAGGACUGUGUUUGGCACAAGAGCUCUGAUGCUGGUCCCCAAACUGGACAUUUCACAGCGCCUCAUUGAUUACCUCACUUAUAAAUUAUAAUAACCGAAAUUAAUCGAUAAUGGAGCACAAUAAUAGUUUUUAUUUCAUUUAGUAGCAAAUUAUAAACUGCAUUAUUUGUCUUAAUGUGUCUGUGAACAAAGUGAAACAUGUACAGUUAUUGCC